AUGAACAGCAACGUCCUCCCUCUUCCCGAUUUCCAUUACUCUGGCAAUGAACCUCCAACACCAACAAGAACACCUACAUCCCCCUCAUUCUUCCUCAACUCUUUCGAAACCCCCAAGCAAGACUACAAACCCCAAGAUACUCGAUCACCAUGGGGAAAUGCUUUCGCCAAUGCACUGAGUCCCAGCUUCAAGACGCCCAAUCUGGUCACCUUCAGCCCGUCCACCCCCACCCAUCAUGAGGGCGCAAUAUCGGGAAAGAAUGUGGAGGCACAGAUAGCGACGCAUGAGCAACUUUCUCAAAUUUCAAAUGCACCUGCCGGCUUUGAAGAGGUGACCCAACAUGUGGACUUUUCUCUCGAUCCAUCGCAAUUCACUCUGGAGGAAGUGAAUCCACAGGAUGGUUUGAAAACUAGUAUCGAUACCCAAGUGAGCUCUGCUGGAUCCAUACAGACGCCUCCACCAACGGGUACGUCUGCCUCAAAGAGAAAUGCCCAGCAGGCUCAAGCAGCGAGACUGGCCAAGGAAAAUACCUCAAAAGCUGGCCGGAGGAUGUCCUUCCCAGCAUCGGUGCAUAAAGAUCAGGCGAGUAUGCAGCUGAACAUGCUUGAGGGAUCUCCGCUACAAUUUCCGCCCCUUCAAUUUUCUCCUGACAAUCUCGGCUUUCCUCACUCAGGUCCUGCGACAGCACCGGCCUAUCCACAACAUAAACUUUUUUGGGACCCAGAUCAAAAUGCAGAGGCUGUAGGGUUUGACAUGCCUAUGGAUGACCCUCUGUCUGCAUUCGGUAUCUCGACUCAGCAGGGCUUGAACGCAUUCACCUCACAGCAAGUCACUAAAGCUAUCCCAGCAUUUCCUGGUACCUCCCAAGCCAGUGGAAUGGAACCACACUCCAUGAUGCCGCAAGCGAGUCACCCUAAUGCAUUUAGCCACAUGAAUACCAACUCGUCAAUUGCCAUGGCCUCCCAAGGACAACAAUCUGUCGUACAUCGAGGGCUCGGUGUGAAUCCAAACCUCUUGUUUAGCUCCUCCAAUAGACCCUCCGACCUAGGGCAAUUGGACCACUACGGCCAAGGGUACAUAGAUGAGAACCUGCAGCCGUACGCUCAACAACUUCGAGAUGCACAAAUGGAGCAAGAGUAUCAAAAUCGUAAGCAGAAGCGAAAACGACCACCAGAACUAGGUGAAUCCCCGGCAGUCAAAGCUGCCAUCGAAUCUCUGCGGGAAGACCGAACAGAUUCAAGCAAAUCCAGCCCUGUAUUAGACGAUAGUUAUUUUGGUGCAUUACCCAAUGGUCCCCCUCAGCUAGGGGGAGAUUUUCCAAGCCGAAAGAGGAUGACACCGGAUAAUCAUUAUAGGAAAAAUGCGGGCCCUCAGUCACUUCAUAGGCGGAGAAGUAAUAAAACGCCGGCUCAACGCACUGAAGUUACACUCGAGAUUGAUGAGACUGGCCGUGCUAUUACUAAGACAUCGAUCAUCAAAGAAUCAAGGGACUCGCCAAUGGAUGAAGAUAGUGAAUCCCAGGAUAGUGACAGCAGCUCGGGGUCAGAGGAUGAAAUGGUCCUCAGUCAUCACCAAUCUUUCAUGCGGCCACCAUCAAGGCAGAAGUCCGGACGGACGGCACGCUUUGCUGGUGAACCCUACUCGCAUUCGCAAAGAUCAUCAGAUGCAUCUACGUUAGCAUCCGGUAGGACGGGCUCUUCAUCAGGUCGUCGUGCAAGCCAGCUGGGUCAAAUGCAAGCUCAUUCACAAUCAAAUCAGUCCUUCGCUGGCCAGGAUGAAGCCAGCGAAGUGGAGACCGUGGUUGAUUCUGACGAUGAUCGUGGCGAAGCACAGGCGCAAUUGAAAAAAGUCGUUAACGAUCGCUCACGUAGGAAAAGCAGUCGAUCCUCUGCACCUGCCAUGAGACAGAUGCCAGGCAGUCGGAGGCAGUCACAGCUCUCAGAGGUCCAUACGGCCAACCCAUACUUCAUUACCCACGACCAAAGUGUAAAUCAAGGCAUGUAUCCACCUAUGAACCAUAGCUCGCCAACUACAAUCACGGACCCUGAUUUCAACACGCCAAACAGUCGUAUCAGUAACGCCAGUGAUGGAUCCACGAGGUGUGUGUGCAAUGUGCCCGAUGGCAAUGGCCAGCUCAUGAUCCAAUGGUAA